ACUUUCUCCAAGAUGUCCUAUCAGAAACACCAGCAGAAAUGGCAGCUCCCUGCCAAGUGCCUCCCCAAAUAUCCAUCCAAGUGGGCCCCUCAGGAUCCUGCUUCAUGUCCAGCUCCAUGCCCCCCUCCAGCUCCUUCCUGCUGUGUUCCCAGUUGCUGUAUUUCUGGAUUUGGAGGCCACUGCUCUCUAGUUUCACUCCAGUUUCCACGAUUCUACCUGCGUCAGCCCCAGCAUUCUGACUGCUGUGAGCACGAGUCUUCUAGAUGUUCCACUUGCCAUAGCUCUGGAGACUGCAGCUGACCUGUGACCUUUAAGGAACCAAAGAACCACAGCCAAGGACCCACCCUGAGUUGAUGUCUUCCCUCACUCUUACCCUCCUCCUUCCUUCUCCUCCUGAACUCAGCUGCCUAUUUCCAUAGGUGAUGGGCUCCCCCUUUUGCUGAGAACCUCAGGCCUCUUGGCCUUGGCUGUGUUCCUAGAUCAAGGAGACCUGCAUGCAAAAGAAAAAUCUGCUUUUUGAAGCCUGAUCAGUGUG